GAGAAAACAGACGCAAUUGCUGGGAUCUUGGCAGGGGCUGUGCAAUGUUGGCAGGACUGGCCAGGAAAAAAAAACAACCGGAGAGAGAAGUGAAAUGAGUUGUAGGACAGAGGGAGUCGGGUCCCUCACUAAUUACGUAUUGUCCGCAUCUUACUCUUGCAAGUGGCAAUUAGGGUCAAGUGAAUAAAAGCGGCUGGAGUUGUGGUGAGUUGGUAUUGUGCAGAGUGCCCGGGAAGAUGGCUGUAACACUCUCACAUGGAUGCCUGUUCCUCACUCUCAUUGCAGUAUCUCUACAGGGAGGAGUUCCUGGAGCGGGAGGAGUCCAGGGAACCUUAGGACGUCUCUUUCUUCCGAGCUCCUAUUUCCGUGGGGGAAAGGUUCCUGGAGUUGGUGUAUUACGGCAACAAGUACCUGGUACAGGAAAAGGAUUGCCUGGAUAUGGGCAAGGAGCAGCAUACCCUUACCAAGGAGCAGCAUACCCUUACCAAGGAGCAGCAUACCCUUACCAAGGUGGAACUGUACCUGGCGGUGGGUUAGCUGGUCUCGGUGCAGCAGGAUUACAAGCUGCAGCCAAAGCAGCUAAAGCAGCUAAACGUGCAGGUGUUGGUGGCAUUCCAGGUGCUGGGGUUCCACGCGCAGGUGUUCCUGGUGUUUAUCCAGGGAGGAGUCUUGGGCUUGGUGUUCUUCCUGGUGUCCCAACUGGAACUGGUUUGAAACCUAAAGCAGGUGUUGGUGGCCAGUACGGAUACCCAGCAGGUUAUGGUGGCUUUGGAGUAGGAGUACCCGUUGGUUAUCCAGUGUUCUCUCCUAAACUACCAGGUGGUUAUGGGAUUCCCUACAGCUCUGCAUUUGGUCCAGGAGCGAGACCUGCCUAUCCAGGGGGUGGAUAUGCUGGAGCUAAAGCUGCUAAAUAUGGAGGUGUUCCUGGAGGAGUUCAGCCUGGAGGUGUUGCAGGUGGUGUCAGGCCUGUCCCUGGAGCUUACCCAGGUUUUCCAGGAGCUGUUCCAGGACCUUACCAAGGUUUAUAUGCUGGAGCUAAAGCUGCUCAAUACAGAGGUGUAGCAGGAGGUGUUCAGCCUGGAGCAGGUGUUCCAGGAGCUGUCCCAGGACUUUACCCAGGUCAAUAUGCUGGAGCUAAAGCUGCUAAAUAUGGAGCAGGUGUUCCAGGAGGAGUUCCGGGUGGCAUUGGGACAGGUGUAGCAGGAGGUGUUCAGCCUGGAGCAGGUGUUCCAGGAGCUGUCCCAGGACUUUACCCAGGUCAAUAUGCUGGAGCUAAAGCUGCUAAAUAUGGAGCAGGUGUUCCAGGAGGAGUUCCGGGUGGCAUUGGGACAGGUGUAGCAGGAGGUGUUCAGCCUGGAGCAGGUGUUCCAGGAGCUGUCCCAGGACUUUACCCAGGUCAAUAUGCUGGAGCUAAAGCUGCUAAAUAUGGAGCAGGUGUUCCAGGAGGAGUUCCGGGUGGCAUUGGGACAGGUGUAGCAGGAGGUGUUCAGCCUGGAGCAGGUGUUCCAGGAGCUGUCCCAGGACUUUACCCAGGUCAAUAUGCUGGAGCUAAAGCUGCUAAAUAUGGAGCAGGUGUUCCAGGAGGAGUUCCGGGUGGCAUUGGGACAGGUGUAGCAGGAGGUGUUCAGCCUGGAGCAGGUGUUCCAGGAGCUGUCCCAGGACUUUACCCAGGUCAAUAUGCUGGAGCUAAAGCUGCUAAAUAUGGAGCAGGUGUUCCAGGAGGAGUUCCGGGUGGCAUUGGGACAGGUGUAGCAGGAGGUGUUCAGCCUGGAGCAGGUGUUCCAGGAGCUGUCCCAGGACUUUACCCAGGUCAAUAUGCUGGAGCUAAAGCUGCUAAAUAUGGAGCAGGUGUUCCAGGAGGAGUUCCGGGUGGCAUUGGGACAGGUGUAGCAGGAGGUGUUCAGCCUGGAGCAGGUGUUCCAGGAGCUGUCCCAGGACUUUACCCAGGUCAAUAUGCUGGAGCUAAAGCUGCUAAAUAUGGAGCAGGUGUUCCAGGAGGAGUUCCGGGUGGCAUUGGGACAGGUGUAGCAGGAGGUGUUCAGCCUGGAGCAGGUUUCCCGGGAGGUGUCGCAGGAGGUUAUUACCCAGGCUUAUUUAGUAGAGCCAAAGCUGCUAAAUAUGGAGGAGGUGUCCAGCCCGGAGCUAUAGCAGGUGGACUCAGGCCUCGCCUCGGAGCUUACCCAGGACUUGUCCCCGGACUUUACCCAGGAGUUGUGCCCAGAGCGUACCCAGGUCUAGCUGCUGCACAAAAAGCUGCAAAAUAUAGAGGAGCUGGGGUGGGUGUCCAGCCUGGAAUCGGAGUGGGUGUCCAGCCUGGAAUUGGAGUGGGUGUCCAGCCUGGAAUCGGAGUGGGUGUCCAGCCUGGCCUGGGAGUGGGUGUCCAGCCUGGCCUGGGAGUGGGUGUCCAGCCUGGCCUGGGAGUGGGAGUCAAACCUGGAGUCGGAGUGGGUGUGCAGCCUGGCCUGGGAGUGGGUGUGCAGCCUGGAAUCGGAGUGGGUGUCCAGCCUGGCCUGGGAGUGGGUGUCCAGCCUGGCCUGGGAGUGGGUGUCCAGCCUGGCCUGGGAGUGGGAGUCAAACCUGGAGUCGGAGUGGGUAUCCAGCCUGGCCUGGGAGUGGGUGUCCAGCCUGGAGUGGGAGUGGGUAUCCAGCCUGGCGUCGGAGUGGGUGUCCAGCCUGGCCUGGGAGUGGGUGUCCAGCCUGGUAUUACUGAAGUUCGACCCAGCCCUGCUCCUCUGACACCCCAACCAGGUAAACCUCCCAAGCCAUACGGUGCAGUGGGGCAGUAUGGACAACGUUAUCAGAGAGGUUUUGGUUGUGCAAACGGAAAAUACUGUGGACGAAGGAGAAAAUGAACAAAUAAUUUCAAGUGACCUCAAGAACUUUGGUGCUACUACCUGAUUGGGAAUGUAAAGGAUGGUGUGCAACGGAACUCUCUCCCUCUCAGCUAAGAAAACAUUUGUCUGUAUUCAUUAUCGAUAUGUAAUGGACCUUAUCACAGGAACCUCUGUUGUAGGAUAGUGCUGUGUGCUUCAAACACUCAGGGACCAUCUUACAUUUCAGUUUGUUGCUGUUAAUCUCACUGAUAUUUAGCACCAUCCUUGACUUAAUUUGUUUGUGACACUUUGAACUCCAGUAUUUCUAAGUUAUAAAAACAGUCUUGUUUGAUUUUUAGAUGCUUUUACUUUGCUUUACAAACUGUGCUGGGUGACAACUGAAUCAUACUCACCUCAUCAGUAUUUUGGUGCUAAUCGAAAUCCACUUUGAGGGUAGCAGAUGUGUUCGUCCAAAUGAUGGCUCCACCUAAGUGAGGCCUGAAGUGACUAAUGCAAAUCUAAAUGUUAUUCUUCUGUCUCUUUGUAAUCACGGGGAACGGGGCCAGGACAUAGGAUUUGGGAGGGGGGAACUGACAAUAUUCAGUUGCUUGGUUUGGAAAUGUACAGGACCUGAAAAACAUUAUGUCUGAUUGUAUUGAGUAAUUCCUUCAUUAUUGGCAGUGGUGUUGCCAGAAAUAAACUACCUCCACUGCUUCAAUGAAGCCCUGACCAUGACCAUUUCCAGUAAACUUUUCACUUUAAAUACCCAAUAACUACAAUUGGCAGAGGUUUUUUCUACUUUUUCUAUUGGAAUCAUCUCUUAGUUCAUCAAUUCGAUCCAAUUCUCAAUUUAAAAUAAUCUCCAUCCCUUUUCAAUUGAUGUUUCCUCCAAUUCAGAAGUCCAAAAUAAAAAGUCGAACCAUUUGAUUGUUUUAUGAUCAGGAGGCAGAACUGUAUCCAGUUACAGCAUAACAGAUAAUCUCAGACAGCAUCCUCUGAAAUGGAAAACACUGAAUGAGAUAUUGUAGGAACAUAUUUUUGAUGAGCUAGUUUGUGAAAAGAUAAAAGCCCACCAUUGCUACACUCUGCUUUCCCUACUUACUGACCCUUCAAUGUCUCUUCAUCCUGUUUUUGCUCUUUCUCCCCCCCCUCUCUUUUCCACCCUUGUCUUCACCCUCCUCUCGCUUUCUCAUUCCUUUCUUCUGACUCGCACCCUUCCUUCAUUAAUCCUACCCAUUUUGCCAUCCAAAUCCUUUUGAUAAGUGAGAUUGUUCUAAGUUGUGCUGUAGUAUGUUGUACUGUAUUUUACAUCAGUCAUUGUAUACUAAGUACUGUAGCAUACCAUGAACCUCAGUAUUAAUGUACUGCUUCAGAUUUGGUGUAAAUGCCCAUUCUCUACACCUUCAUAAGCUGUGUGAUUGAGAAAAUACUGGAUGGACACCAAUUCAGUAACUGCUUUAAUAAAGAGAAUUGUUUAAAUAAA